UCCCCAGUAGCUCUAUUGUGCCUCCUCCAGCCAUGGCUGCCUCCCGGGAGGCCCUCUGCCAGGAGGCCACCUGCCCCAUCUGCCUGGACCUCUACACCGACCCCGUGGCCACCGACUGCGGGCACAACUUCUGCCGGAGCUGCCUCCUCCAGCUCUGGGGGAAGAGGCCCAGGAGAGGGGGAGUCCCCCCCUGCUGCCCCCAGUGCAGAGCCAGGAUCUCCCAGAACAGCCUCAGGCCCAACCGGCCCUUGGCCAACAUUGUGGCCAUCGCCAAGGCUUGGCAAGAGGAGGAGGAGGAGGAAGGUGGAGGAGGAGGAGGCUGCCAGCAGCACCAGGAGCCCUUCAAGCUCUUCUGCCAGGAAGACCAGGCCCCCAUCUGCCUGGUCUGCGACAGGGCCACCCGGCACAGGGGGCACCGCGUCCUCCCCAUCCAGGAGGUGGCCCCAGAGUACAAGGAAAAAAUCAAGGCCCACCUGGAGUCCCUGAAGGCGGAGAGAGAGAAACUCCAAGGCCAGAAACUGGCCGGACAACAGAGAAUGCAAGACCGCUUGAUUCAAUUAGAAACAGAGAAGCAGAUGAUGACCUCUUUCUUUGAAGGACUACAAAAAUUUAUUGAGGAGAAGAAGCACUUCUGCCUGUUUCAGCUGGGAGAGCUGGAGGAAGAGAUCAAGAAAGGGGAGGAAGAAAACCUCACCAAAAUCUCUGAAGAUAUUUCCCAACUCAGUCAAAGGAUCACAGUGCUAGAAAAGAAGUGCCAGCAGCCUGCAAGUGAAUAUCUCCAGGACAUCAGAAAUACCUUAAGCAGGUACAAAAAGAAUUCAGUUGGGAUCUGCUGGACCGCUUCUCCAAAAUUGAAGAGAUGCUCCAGAAUUUAUUUUUUGAGAAAAACCUCUGAUUUAAGAGAGAUGCCUGGAACAAGCUCUGAGACAGCCAGCGGGGGACCAAGUCUUCUAAUAGAUUCUCUGAAGCAAGGCAUGAAUCAAGUGAAUGUGACUUUGGAUCCUAUCACAGCACAUCCUCGACUGUUUGUGUCGGAGAAUCUGAAGGUUUUGCGAUGGGACAGGGUACCUCAAGACCUGCCUUACAGCCCGGAGAGAUUCAGGAAGCAGCCCUGUGUGCUGGGUUGUGAGAGGUUCACCUCAGGAAGACAUUGCUGGGAGGUGGAGAUCCUGGAUGGGGAAACACAGGAAGAAGAUUUGGGGGGAGAGCCAGCGUGGGCAGUAGGGAUUGCAAGAAAUUCUGUUGAGCGAAGGGAAUAUUUUAACCUGAAUCUUGAUGAGGGGAUCUGGGCUGUAGGGAAGGCAUGUGAGGACUUGUCUGUACCUUGCCAAAUGUCAGCUUUUACCACUGAGCCAACCACUGUGAUCUUGAAAAAAGAGCCCAAGAGGAUCUGUGUGAACCUGGAUUAUGAUGCAGGUCAAGUGGAUUUUCUUGAUGCUGAUACUGAAGACCUUAUCUUCACUUUCCAUUCAGCAUCAUUCUUUGGAGAUCAAAUGCGACCCUUUUUCUACACCAGGGGGUGGCAGUGCAAUUUGAAGUCUUGAUGCAAUGAGGAGAACCAUCUCUCACAGUGGUCCCCUUAGCAUUGGUUGUUUGUGCCCAUUAAGGCAUCCAUACUGCAGAAAUAAUCCAGGUUGACACCACUUUAACUGCCAUGACUCAAUACUAUUGAAUUCUGAGAACUGUAGUUUUGUGAGACAUUUAGCCUUUUCUGCCAGAGAGCUUUGGUGCCACAACAAACUACAAAUACCAGAAUUCCAAUGCAUUAAACCAUGGCAGUUAAAGUGGUGUCAAACUGGAUUAUUUCUGCAAUGCGAACACAGCCUAAAUCUGGUAGAAGUAGAAGGCAAGGCCAGGAAGUCAUGGAAUGCAAAUCCAGGUACAUUGAAUAAUCUAUUUCUACACUUCCUUUGUUUUUUGAAAUGCAGGUGUCUCUUUCAUCUCCAAUCUCUUGAGACCUGUGCCCAGGCCUGUAGCUAGGCCUUCAGGGGACCUGGGGCAGAAAGUACAUUUGGGGCCCCUAUGUUUUUUAAUGUCCCGAGUCCUACUGUGCACCGUGGGCGCCAUCUUGGCACACCACUGUUUACAUGGAGUCAAUGAUGUGGCUCGUGCAGCUCCUUUGGGUUAGGGUUUCCAUAAUUCUCUACCACCAAAUCAGGAAAAUGUAGGAAAAAUUAUUAUUAUUAUUA